GAAACUGUAAGUGAAGGCGGAGAGGUCGCACAUGCGAGUGGGUUUGGGGUUAAUGAAGGAAGAGAGUUGGGGGGAGGGGAGGGAGGGCAAGGGUGAAGAGGGAAUGGGGGACAGAGUGAGUAUGGAGAAUGGAGUGUGUCGGUGUGGUGGUAUGUGUGGGAGAGGGUAGGGUGUGUGGGAGGAGGCGGGGGAACCGGCCGUUGUCUUGUGGCUAGCCGUUGAGGCUCUGAAGCGGUGACGGGUUGGGCUCUGCCCUCCCCGUCGCCGCUUCGUGUCGCUGAGUGUUCCUGGAAGGCACACUCGAAGCCGGCUGCAGACAACGGAUGACGAACAAGGGGAAGAGAACCCAUUCUAAGAUGGAGGAGAAGGGGGAAACAAGGCAUGCUAGCGGGGUUUGCCUUCUCCAUCAAGCUUCCCAGCAUCGCCAGGCCGUGCCGGUGGUGUGGCCCUUGCAUGACGUCUGACGCCCUGGCCCGUCGUUCCAUUUUUUGUGAUUCGCUAGACGCACGAGCCAGUGCCUCGCACUGCCCUGCAAUGACUCACGGUGGGUAAUGGGUGGCAUGUGCGAUGUGUGUUGGAUUCGCGCUUGGUGGUGGCUGAAUACGGAAUCGUUAUUGGUGUGUGUAUGGACGUGGGUGGUGGUGGAUGGCGUGCUUUGGUGGCGGCGGGUGGGCUGUGGCGCGGGGAAACUACGCUGCGGAACUGUGUGCUGUGCGGCGUACAGUGCUGCUUGGUGCGUGAGUGGAACUUGCUGCAAGAGUCUAUAGAACAGUAGCUGGCGCGUGUACCUCUGUGGCUUGCAUCGACCGCCUCUCAACCAACACACAACAUGUCGGCCAACUCAUUCAAGGCCGAGCACUCGCUGGAGAAGCGCCGGUCCGAAGCCGACCGCAUUCGGGCCAAGUACUCUGACCGCAUUCCGGUCAUUUGUGAGAAGGCCGAGAACUCUGGAGACAUCCCACAGAUUGACAAGAAGAAGUACCUGGUGCCGGCAGACCUGACCGUCGGCCAGUUUGUGUACGUCAUCCGCAAGCGCAUCCGGCUCUCGCCCGAGAAGGCCAUCUUCAUCUUUGUCAACGGCACCAUUCCGGCAACAGCUUCGCUGAUGUCAUCAGUCUACGAGGAGCACCGCGACGAGGACGGCUUCCUCUACGCCACGUACUCGGGCGAGAACACGUUUGGGGCUGACGAGUGAUUCGCUGCCUCGCUCUCCGCCUGCCGUCCCUCUACCACGGCUCCUUCUGUACACCUUCCCCCCUCCCCCCCCCCCCUCC